AUGGACGAAUACACGGCCGACCUCUUCAUCUCGCGCGACGAUAUCUCCGAUCAUCAUCAGCCGCAGCAGCAGCAGCCGCCUCCGACGGUGAUGGUUGACGAGUGGCAAGCCGACGCCAGCGAGACCACUCCGUCGUCCAAGAAGUCGGGCACUGGCCUGCGCUCGCGCAUCGCCAAUAAUCUGGGCAAGGGACCAAGCAUUCAGGACCGACUUGUCGAAAAACUCCUACAGCAGGUCAUCCCCGAGAGCUCCGAUGGCCUCAGCAGCGGCGACGACCCCCUCGCGCCGGGCUUCUCCUCGGAUAAGACGUCCACCUUCUCCCAGCGCCCCAACUUCAACAUUACGACCAUGUCCAACAACUUCCGCCGCUUCAACGCCCGCAUCGGCGUCGUGUUCAAGUUCCAGGCCCGCGUUAGCCGCCUGCUCAGCUGGCGCCGUCCAACGCACACACUCUCCCUCCUCGCCGUAUACACCUUCGUCUGCCUGGACCCGUAUCUCCUCACCGUGGUGCCACUCGCCGGAUUUCUGUUGGCCGUCUUCAUCCCCUCCUUCCUUGCCCGCCACCCCGCGCCGCCUUCGGGCACGCUGUCCUCGGAGCAGUCCAUCGGCUACUCCCCCAAGGGCCCUCCCCUCGCCCCGGCCCGGACCGUAAAGCCCGUCAAGGAGCUCAGCAAGGACUUCUUUCGCAACAUGCGCGAUCUCCAGAACUCCAUGGACGACUUCUGCGUCGUCCACGACACCGUCGUCGGCAGCGUCCUCCCCAUCACCAACUUCUCUAACGAGGCCCUGUCGUCCGCCUUGUUCCUCGCCCUGACCCUCACCACCGUCCUCAUGACGACUUUCGCGUCCCUCCUGCCGUGGCGCCUCAUCGCCCUCACGGCCGGCUGGGGCGUUAUCCUCUCGGGCCACCCGGCCAUCGCCCCGCUCCUGACACACACCCACGACACCCACGUCGCCCCGCACGAGGCCAAGGCCCGCUCGCGCCUCGACGCGUGGAUCGCCGACGACAUCAUCCUCGACUCGGCCCCGGAGACGCGCGAGGUCGAGAUAUUCGAGCUCCAGCGCGCCUCCCACGACGAGUGGGAGCCCUGGCUCUUCUCCCCGUCCCCCUACGACCCGCUCUCCCAGCAGCGCAUCGCCGGAGACCGGCCUCGCGGCACACGCUUCUUCGAGGACGUCCUCCCGCCCGACGGCUGGGUCUGGUCCGAGAAGAAGUGGGCGCUCGACCUCUGGAGUAGGGAGUGGGUCGAGGAGCGCAUCAUCACGGGCGUCGAGGUCGAGACCGAGGGCGAGCGCUGGGUCUACGACAUGUACGACGAGCACGGCGCCUUCCAGGGCGGCGUAGGCGUCAUGGACUCGCCGACCACGGGCAGGGCUAGGCCGAGGGCGCCCCAGGCGCCGACCCCCAGCUGGGAGGAGGGCGAGGACGGCACCGCCCGCCGGGGCGAGUGGAGGCGGCGGCGCUGGGUGCGGCUCGUCAAGAGGAGGGCCACGACGAGCUCUGCUUAA